CCACCGCCCCAGACGAUGGACGGCGAGAGCGCCGUCCCCGCUCGCUUUGGCUCCUCCUCCUGCGCAGUUCGUGAUCCCGUCACGGCUGCGGGAGCCUUCGCGCCUCCCCUUCCGAGCGGCGCGGGGCGGUGCGGGAUGAUCUGGGCGCUUGGCCGCUGGCGGGCGCGGCGGCCCCCGCGCCUGCCCGAGCCCUGGAAGGGAUUCGCACGACGUCCGGACCCGGAGGGUGCGGCGGGCGCGGAUCCAGAGAGCGGGGUGCCCACUCCCUUCUCCAGCAGCAAGGCCAGUCCGCGGGUGUGGAGCGUCAGCCGGUCCAUGGGGAGCGACCACGAGAGACCGUGGCUGAAGGUGUUGCCUUUCAGUGUGCUGUGCACGGGGCUGUUGCUCUGGUGUGUGUUCAGGGAAAAAACGGAGAUUGAUGAGCGAUUGGAAGCGGUUUUCUCCGGCGAGAUCGUGGACUCUUUAGAUAUGGCCCAAGAAAGCAAUGCUCCCUUGCAGCUGCCGAAGGAGCAAUGAGGACGGGAGUGCGGCUACAGUGAAGGAGCUGCCAAAAGUUUACUGGCAUUCACCUGGUUAAAAACUGUACCUACUCAUUAAUGGAAAAAAACCUUGGUUUUUUUGAGUCUUUCGGCAGCCUUAUCUUGCAAACUUGAUUUCUUCAUGAUUUUUUCUGUGCUGGUCUUACCUUAGUAAUUUACUUUGGUAGCAAAAGGCGUAGUUUCUUUCUGGAUUGCACGGUAGGGAUGAACAAGACAUAUUGCAAUUCAACUUGAAUUUUAAUAUAAGUUUUAUAUAACCCAUCACUUUUCCAUGGAUCAUUUUUCUUAGAUGCUAGAGGUAUUAAAAAAUACGAAAUCUGAAUGUCUUUAAAAUUGCUGCUGAAGGUGACCUUCGUUUGACAUUUUGGUAGUCACAGAGUAUGUUCAAUUUAUAUUGCAGACCAGUUGUAAAUGUAGUCAUUAAUAUGUGAUUGUGGUCUGAUUUUUUUUUUUCAAUUCUGCCAAAUAAUGUAGAAAUUACCUUCACGGGUUCGUGCUUUUGGGACUAGAACUUUUUAGGCUUGGCUGAUUAAAGUGAUCAUUACUGGUAAGAGA